AAAAGAUCCAGUGACUCAUGUACAUUUUCUUGCCGGUGUGCAGGCGGCCAGAACAAAAGUGUGAUUUACACGAAAAUUUAAAAAGCCAAAGACAAAAUGGACGAAAAAGAAAAGAAUGCACAUAAAAAGGAACAGAUUAUCCAGAAUAUACGCAACGAGCUGAAGAAAAAGAUCAACGACAAGAAGCACAUUCUCAUCCAGAGCGACCAGGCGGUGGUGGUGAAGGCCGACUAUCCCAAGGCGCAGUAUCACUUUCGUGUGGUGGCCAAAGCUGAUAUCGCGGAUGUGACCAAGCUGACAGCCGAUCAUCUGCCGCUGCUCGACCACAUGAUGGACUUGGCCGUGCAGAUCAUCGAGAUGCAGGACCACCUGCCGUCUCGCAAUUUUCGCAUUGGCUUCAAGGCGGACCCGUUCUGGGACCGCCUGAACAUGCACGUCAUCUCCGAUGACUUUUACUCGAUGUCGAUGAAGCGCAUUAAGCACUGGAAUAGCUUCAACACGGAGCUUUUCAUGCCCUUCCAGCAGGCCUACAUCAUGCUGAGCUCUGAGGGCGCCAUCGAGCCCAUACCCGAGGAGGAGUCCGAAAAGCUCAAGCUCCAGGUGCCACUCCACUGUAAUCAGUGCGAUUUUGAGUCCCCGUUGCUGUUGUCCCUGAAGGCCCAUCUAUACACCCAUUGGCGGAGCAAAGAGCACGAGCGUCAGAUAAAAAAGGAAACGGACAGCAUUGCCAAGUUGCUUGACGAAGUUAAAUUGGAUGACAACGCCCAGCCCCUAGCUUCUGCGAUCAGUGAGGAGUCCCAGCAGGAGGUUUUCACUGAAAAUGUGAACGGGCCACCGGUAAACAUAAUGAAUCAGGCGAACAUCAACAACCCGUUUAGAGGCACGCCGCCACGCUUCGGGAUUGCUGCGGUUGCGCCACCACAGCGGCCUGGAAAUCCUUUCGGCUAUGCGCCGCGUCACCAGCGUCCCGGCAACCCCUUUGCCCGUGCGCCGCGACCUCAGCAGAAAGUCUACCCCUACGGAUAUGCGCCGUGUCCACAGAUGGCCGGCAAUCACUUUGGACCGCCAUCACGUCCAUAUGGUAAACAUCGUGGCAAUAUGCAGCCGCGUGGGCCCAUGCCGCUUAGGUUUGCUCAGCCACAACCGCAGCAUUUCAUGGAUCAAAAUACUGUAUUUGCUCCAUUCAACCAGCAGCCCCGAUUUGCUCCAAAUAAUCCACAGAACCAGCGCCAUCGUGCUCCCAAGCAGCAACAGAACCAGCGUCCUCGUGCUCCCAACCCCCAACAGAAUUACGGGAAACCUGCAUCGAAGUAGGGAAUAAAACGAUGCUGACAGCCGCCCAGUGUGUCUUAUAAAUUGAAGCAAAAUCUAUAAUUUACUCUUAAAUACGGAAUGAAGACUAGCAACUAUAUAUCUUAUAAACUAAAACUGAUGCCAGACUGAAGGAAAACUCAUACAGGAAACAUUUACAGAAGCAAUGUACAAAAUGAAAUCAUCAACGCAUUAAAUGUAAGACCUCAUUCCUAGCAGGCGCUAUGCCAAAAAUGAAUUCGAAUAGGUUACAAAA